CCGACACAACAUGAAUAAUCGAAACACCAACUUUAAGGUUGGCCAAACUGUGGAAAUUGUUGGAAAACAUUUAGAGGGCCGUAUCGCCUAUAUUGGUGUAACAAAUUUUGCUCCUGGCCGUUGGAUAGGUGUUGUAUUGAACGAGGCGCGUGGUAAAAAUAAUGGACAAGUCCGGGGUAUCUCGUAUUUUAAGUGUGACCGAAAUUAUGGGAUUUUUGUGCGACCCACACAAUUGAUAAUGAAAAAAGCAACGUCGACGGUCUUGGCCGAGGAGGAAAUGCCAAGAACACAAGAUAGUCCGAUUCGUGAAGCUGUUAAAGCGAGGGAGGUGGUGGAGAAGCCGGAGCAGCAAGAAAAUGUGGUGUCAUUGGUGGGUGGUGAGGCUGGUAAACAAGUAGAAAAAUCGCAAACAGCUGCUAUGGAGGUAAGGAAAAUCGUAACACCACCUCCGCCAGCCCCUGAAAUCAAACAUGAAACGAAUAAAGAUGGCCCAGUGAAACCCAAAGAUGCGACGGCACCAACAUCGUCCACUUUAAUGGUCAAGAAGGUACCCAAAAUGCCGACUUCCAUAAAUCUGCUGAAGACCACAAAAAUCAAUCAACCCAAAGAGGUAACCCCCUUGCAGCCCAGCACCAGCCAGAUCUCGCUACACAAUAUCUCUGGACCUUUGCGUAACCUCCGGCCGCCACCGGCACUGGCGCCCAAACGUAGCAAAACCUCGAUGAGCCCCUCGGAAUCAUUUUGUUGUGCCAAACGUUCCUCUUUCGUCGAAACCGGAUUUUUAGAGAUUUUACGGCCCCAAUUUACCCCAGGCCAACCGAUUAGAUCUCCCACAUUUAGCAGUAUGGCUUUGAACUCCAGUUCGGCGACAAAUCUUAACGAUCUAAAGCAGCAACAAAAACAAAUGGAGGUCAAACUGAAGGAAUUCGAAGAAGAAAUUGAGCAGUUAAAAUCUCAAAAAUCUGAGGAUAAACGUAAAUUACAAAGUAUGGAACGACUGAGAUUACAAAAUGAACAGCUGUUGGAAUUUAAGGUAAGGAUAAUGGAUCAGCAGACGAAUUUGCAGAGAGAGCUGACCAGACUGCGACAGGAGUUGCGGGAGUGCCAGGAAAUGAAGAGUAAAUAUCAAAGGGAUUUGGAUGAGGCGGCGGAGAACAUCGAACUGCUGACCCUGGACAAAGAAAUGGCGGAGGAGCGGGCCGAAACUCUGCAACUUGAGCUGGAAUUGGCCCAGGAACAAAAUGAGGAACUGAGCCUCGAUGUGGAGAUCCUCAAAGCGGAAAAUGAGCGUUUCCUGUGCGGGGAGAAUGGUGAGAACAAUGCGGCGGUCAUCAACAAAGAAGAGAAUCUCUCUUCUCAUGGAGAGAUACGAAAACUGGAGCAAUACAAUCAAAGGUUAAGAGAAACUGUCAUCAAGCUAAGAGAUGUCCUGACGGAAGAGAAACAGCUCUCCAUGAAGGCAUCCAAAGAAUUGGAAACGAAAAAUUCCGAAAUUCUCGAACUCAAGAAGACCAAAGAACUGCUGACCCAACGUUGUGAUGUUAUGGAGAGUCACAUAAUUGAUCUAAGGGAGCAGGUGGAUGCCGCGUUGGGCGCCGAAACCAUGGUGGCCACCUUGGCCGAUGCCAAAUUGGAGUUGGAAGAUCGUGUGCGGCUCCUGGAGGAGGAGGUAAGUGAGCUGGAAGCCUUGGAAGAGAUCCAUGAGCAGUUAAUCGAAAGUAAUCAGGAAUUGGAGCGAGAUCUAAGGGAGGAAAUUGACUUGCUAAAUGGUAAUAUACGUACCCUGCAGCAGGAAAAGGAUGCGGCCUUGGAAACGGUAUACGAACGGGAUUGCACGAUUAUGAAAUUCAGGGCUCUCGUGAAGACCUUAAAUGAAAGGGAGCAGAUAAAAGAACAAAUGGCUCUGACCACAGCAGCUUCGACCACGGCAACGGCCUCCACCUCGGAGGAGCUGAAUAGCAUUAGUAGCUCCAAUCAAGAGUUCAUGCCCGGAGUAGAUUUCCAGCAAAUCUUUGCCUCCACCAAGGCUUAUGGCCGGGCUUUGGAGCUGCAACUGGCCUCGGUGGAAUUGAAAAUGGUUCAGCUGCAAAAUGAAUAUCUUAAGGCCUUCCUGCCGGAAGAAUUGAUGUUGAGAGGAGGGGCCUAUGAUGUCAUACUCAUCCUCAUUGUGCUGCAGAGGUGCAUGGAGAAGAUCGAUAUCAUUUGCUCGGGUAUCCAUGAAAAAUUCCCCGCAUCGUGUGAGUUCGGGCGUGAUGCCAUCUUUGAGGGUUAUUCCGUACAUCGAUUUGCCUUCCGCACCAGGUGUUUGUAUUUGCUAAGAUCGCUGAAAAUGAUACUGCAACAGCUGGACUUUGCCCUGAACCAUUGUGACUAUGAGAUCUGUACGCAUGCCGCCAUCUAUCGGGGGGAAAUGGAAGCGCAGGAAAAGCAAUUGGAUGAGUUGCUGAGGUUGCUGAAAAAGGGUUUGUUGGAUGAAAAUACCCCCGUGGAGGCCUUGGAGGGGGCCUCAAGCUUUUUCAAUUCCCUGCUAAAUAAUUUAUUCGCUUCACAAAACUUGGCGGAACUUUUGGAUGAACAAAAACUCUACGGCAGUCUCAUCGAAGUCUAUGAUGUGGCCUUGGAUUGUGUUAAUACCCAUGCAGGGCUCCUGUAUACCAUAAUCCAGUUGGGUGAUGAGCAAACGGACUCAUUCUGCAGCAUGCAAUUCCUAAUGGAACAUGUGCGAGCUUUUAAGCAACAACUUAAGCAAUUGCAGAGGAAAUUACCCAAUAAAACCAUAACCUAUAGUACCCUGCAAUGGCCUCAGUUGCAGAGACUGCAUGAGCGCAACGAUUACCUGGGCCGGUUAAUUGGGCUCCUCAGCUCCACGGCUCGUGAGGCCACCAAAGACAUUGCCAAUACCUCAAAAUCGGAAAUUGGUGAGCGUGGCAACAAUGACAUUGCCAUUGAUCAUGAACGAUUGUGGCGGAUCAUCAGCUUCAAUUGUAAUAAAAUGGCGCCCGAGGGUUAUCAAAAAUCUCCCGUGGAAUUUUUCCAAAAUUCCAUUGCCAUUUUGCAGGAGCAACUCGAUGAAUUUCAACAAUUCAUCAAAGAUUCGGAAAAGGCUCUUUCGAAAAAUCUCAACACAACCUAUGUACGAUCCGAAGAGGUUACAAUACUCCAACAGGCUAACGAAGUCAAAAAACAUUACGAGGAGAUAAAACUCCUCCAUCAUCACAUCUCCGAGAGGGACAAGGAAAUCAAAUCCCUCAAAUAUAUGGCCAAGAUGAAGCAGAAUGACUAUUCGGAACUACAAAUCCGCAAAGAUAUGGCCGAAAAACAAUUGCACAAACAACAACAAGACUAUACGGAGCUAAUGCAACAAAUCACCGAGAAAAUGGAAGAGUUGCUCGAAGAUCUACAAAGCAAACAAAUCAAAUUACUCAAUUCGCUCGACAACAACUCCGCCAAAUUGGAAAAACUCGAGAGAAUGCAGGUUACGCUCAAACAAUCCAUGGCAAAUAGUUCUCAAACGCACACCAGCUGUUCUCAUGAUUCUCUGCGGGAGAUUGAAAAUCUCUCUUUGUCGUUGAAACAACAACGUGAUCACAGCAUUGCCAUACAAUCAAAACACCUAAAAAUGGAACUGCGAAAACUAGAACCUCUCCAUGUACCACCCUGCCGGGAAAUGCCGCAGAAAAAUCAAAACAUGCAAGAGGAAAUAAAACAGCUGCAGCAUGAGUUGAAUAAAUUGAAAAAAUCAUGGAUAUUGGGGUAUAUUCAGCUCAAUAAUCAGGCUUCCAGGUCCACAACAUCAGCGCCAUCUUCACCCACUUCGACACCCACACCAUCGUCAUCGUCCGCUGCAUUACAACGAGAAUCAAGGCAUCUUUUUGAACAUAUCCUGGAUACCUAUUAUCGUUCGCAUCCUCAUCGCCAGAUACCAACGGAUUUUGGACAAUUUCCAUGUCGAGAGUUGAAGGAGUUAUUUGAGUAG